GAAUUGCUGGAUUGCAAUGGCUGCUCCCUCGUUUGUAACAUACGCGUUGUGUCUACGAAAGCCGUAGUGUUAUUGUUUUCCGGUAACAGCAGCUGAACGCCCAUUUUCAGGCCGUAGACCUGAAACAUCAACCUAUAUAAUCGAGUUUCUUCUUUUUCGACCAUAAUAAACACGUGGACGUUUUUCGCAUCUUGUCGCCAGGCCUUGUUGUCAGGGCAGAACCUGAAGCAGACUAAACAAGGCCAGCAGCCAUAUCCAAGAUUAUGGAUGAUGAUGAUGUGUCCAUGCAUAGGCUGGAAGGGAUGGAUCCAACGGCACAAGUUGGUGGACUGAUAGUUAAGAAGAAGAGCGCUGCUGCAGAGCCCCAUGUUUUCCGAGCACCUACUCCACGCACCUCCUUGCUCGGCUUGGAUCUGCUGGCUGCUCAGAAAAGGAAGGAGCGUGAGAGUAAGGAACAGUCUGACGGUAGUGGGGAUGACAGAAAUACAAAGAGGUCCAAAGUUUCGUCCUUUAAGGACUGGGAGGAAGCAAAAAGUGACUCUGGGUCUGAUGAAGAAGAUGAAGAAGAUGAUGAUGAGAAAAAACAAAAUACUAAGAAGGAGAGUCUUCCCAGCAGGAAGUAUCGUGUGACCGGCUCAGAGACACCCUCAAACCCCGGAGGUGUAAGUGAAGAGUUCCGACGCAGACACCAGCAGAGAGAGAAAGACAGACGAGAACAUGGAGUGUACGCCUCGUCCAAAGAGGACAAGAACAGAGACAGAGACAGAGAAAGGAGCAGAGAUAAAGGAAGAGACCGAAAAAGUGAAAAAGAUGAGCGCGAGGGCAGCCGUAGCCGUGGCAGUAGCAGCAGUCGGUCGGAGCGAGGGGAGAGAAGCGAUCGUUCACAGAGAGAGGGCUGGUCCGAUCGUAUCAGUCGGGGGACGAAGAGAGAUGAACCUCAGUCACCACAGCAUCGCCCCAGAGAUGCUUUCACACCCUCGCACUCGAACUGGGGAGAUGACAGCGGCUAUUCCAGUUCAAGGCACUCCCACUGGGAGUCUCCGUCUCCAGUCCUCUCUCACAGAGAGUCAGAUCGCUCUGAACGAAGCCAUCGCUCCGGACAAGAGAGUGAGAGACGGGACAGGUCAGUCAGAGGUCGUUACCCUGAUGACACACCGCUGCCCACCCCGUCAUACAAGUACAACGAGUGGGCCAAUGACAGAAAACAUUUGGGUUCUACACCUCGUCUAUCGCAAGGAAAAGGUAGGAAAGAAGAUGGCGAGGGAGGAAUCAUGUUUGAUAAUGAGAGCGAGAAAGACCAGUGGCAGGAGGAUCAGAAGCAAGCUGACAGAGAUUGGUACAUGAUGGACGAAGGCUAUGACGAGUUCCACAACCCUUUCACUACCACCUCUGAAGAAUAUGUGAAGAAGAGAGAGCAGAUCCUCCAGAAGCAGACUCAGAAAAGAAUCUCUGCCCAGAAACGACAGAUCAACGAGGAUAAUGAGCGGUGGGAGACCAACCGCAUGCUGACCAGUGGUGUAGUGCAGAGGUUGGAGGUGGAUGAAGACUUUGAGGAGGACAAUGCUGCCAAGGUUCACCUGCUGGUUCACAACCUGGUUCCCCCCUUCCUGGACGGAAGAAUAGUCUUCACUAAGCAGCCAGAGCCUGUCAUCCCUGUGAAAGAUGCUACCUCUGACAUGGCCAUCAUCUCUCGUAAAGGCAGUCAGCUUGUUCGAAAACAUCGCGAGCAGAAAGAACGCAAGAAGGCGCAGCACAAGCACUGGGAGCUGGCAGGAACUAAGUUAGGGGACAUCAUGGGGAUCAAGAAGACAGAGGAAGCAGACACCUCUGGGGGCCAACCAGUCGGCGAGGACGGCAAAGUUGACUACAGAGCGGAGCAGAAAUUUGCAGACCACAUGAAAGAUAAGUCUGAGGCUAGCAGUGAAUUUGCUAAGAAGAAGACUCUUUUGGAGCAGAGACAGUACCUUCCUAUUUUUGCUGUCAGACAACAACUUCUAAACAUCAUAAGGGACAAUAGCAUCGUGAUUGUUGUUGGAGAGACGGGCAGUGGGAAGACCACCCAGCUGACUCAGUACCUGCACGAGGACGGCUACACGAGCUAUGGCAUGGUGGGUUGUACCCAGCCCCGAAGAGUAGCAGCCAUGAGCGUGGCCAAGAGAGUCAGUGAAGAGAUCGGCACUAACUUGGGAGAGGAGGUGGGUUAUGCGAUUCGUUUUGAAGACUGCACGUCUGAGAAAACAUUAAUUAAGUACAUGACGGACGGUAUCCUGCUCAGGGAGUCUCUGAGGGAGUCAGACCUGGACCACUACAGUGCUGUUAUCAUGGACGAGGCUCACGAACGCUCACUGAAUACAGAUGUGUUGUUUGGCCUGCUACGUGAGGUUGUGGCUCGACGCACUGAUUUAAAACUCAUAGUUACGUCUGCAACUAUGGACUCAGACAAGUUUGCUGCAUUCUUUGGCAACGUACCCAUAUUCCACAUCCCGGGGAGAACGUUUCCCGUAGACAUCUUGUUUAGCAAGACUCCUCAGGAGGACUAUGUGGAGGCAGCAGUGAAGCAGGCCCUGCAGAUCCACCUCAGUGGCUUGAUGGGAGAUAUUCUCAUAUUCAUGCCCGGGCAGGAGGACAUUGAGGUGACCUCUGAUCAGAUUAUAGAGCGGUUGGAGGACUUAGAGAACGCUCCUGCUCUGGCAGUGCUGCCCAUCUACUCACAGCUGCCAUCUGAUCUCCAAGCCAAGAUCUUUCAAAAGGCUCCAGACGGUGUGAGGAAAUGCAUUGUUGCUACAAACAUCGCUGAGACCUCUCUGACUGUGGAUGGAAUCAUGUUUGUUGUGGACGCAGGAUACUGCAAACUUAAGGUUUUCAAUCCGCGCAUUGGUAUGGACGCUCUACAGGUUUAUCCCAUUAGCCAAGCUAAUGCCAACCAGCGAUCUGGUCGAGCAGGACGUACAGGACCAGGGCAGUGUUACAGACUCUACACUCAGAGCGCCUAUAAGAAUGAGAUGCUGACUACGACCAUACCAGAGAUCCAGAGGACCAACCUGGCUAACGUGGUCCUGCUGCUGAAGUCUCUUGGGGUUCAGGAUCUGCUCAUGUUCCACUUCAUGGACCCUCCACCUGAGGACAACAUGCUCAACUCCAUGUACCAGCUCUGGAUCCUGGGAGCUUUAGACAACACAGGUGCUUUGACACCAACAGGACGCCUGAUGGUGGAAUUUCCCCUUGACCCAGCCCUCUCCAAGAUGCUGAUUGUGUCCUGCGAUAUGGGCUGCAGUGCUGACAUCCUUAUUAUUGUCUCCAUGCUGUCUGUGCCGGCCAUCUUCUACAGACCUAAGGGUCGUGAGGAAGAGAGCGACCAGGUGAGGGAGAAGUUCUCGGUCCCAGAGAGUGACCACCUCACCUACCUCAACGUCUACAUGCAGUGGAAGAACAACAACUACUCCAGCGUGUGGUGCAACGAGCACUUUAUCCACACGAAGGCCAUGCGCAAGGUGCGGGAGGUGCGUUCCCAGCUAAAGGACAUCAUGGUGCAGCAGAGGAUGAACCUGAUUUCCUGCGGGUCGGACUGGGACAUCAUCAGAAAGUGCAUCUGUGCUGCUUACUUCCACCAGGCUGCCAAGCUCAAGGGCAUCGGUGAAUAUGUGAACGUGAGGACAGGCAUGCCAUGUCACCUCCAUCCUACCAGCUCCCUGUUUGGAAUGGGCUACACCCCGGACUACAUCAUCUACCACGAGCUCGUCAUGACGACCAAGGAGUACAUGCAGUGUGUGACGGCGGUGGAUGGAGAGUGGCUGGCAGAGCUCGGCCCAAUGUUUUACAGCAUCAAACAUGCAGGAAGAAGCAGACAGGAGAACCGUCGCAGGGCCAAGGAGGAGAUCACCAACAUGGAGGAGGAGAUGUCCAUGGCUGAGGAGCAGCUGCGAUCGCGUCGAGACGAACAGGAGAAGAAGAACAACACCUGCAGCGUUAAGGCUGUGAAAAUCUGCACACCAGGGAGGAAAGAAGAUGCCCCCAUGACCCCCAGACACCCCUCCGCCCGCUUUGGACUGUAGAAGAGCAGCCGUCCAGCAAAGCAGCACACCGACUCCUUCAAGCUGAUUUUCUUCCAGACUUGGGACUACACAGACACAAGCAAACACACAAUGUCACUUCCACCUUCUUUCUUCUUUCCCAGCAUGGACAACAACUACCUGCAGUUUAUGUGUGGACCACUAGAGUGAGAACUUGUAUAAGGCACAAGACUCAAAUAGGAGCCAGCUUCUUCAAAAUGCCUCCCUUUACUUUAAUCAACAAAUAGCUGUUUCCUUUUUAAAAAUGAAACGAAGACAGGACGACUUUGUCUUUUAUAUACUCUAUUUAUAGGUUGUCAUUUUUGACAAAGUGUUUCUUGAAUUAUUUUAUCAGAUCUAGAAAAAAAUCACUGUAAGUUCUGUUGCAUUUUCUCCAUUCUGAGAAUAAGAAUACUAUCUGAUUUCAAUGUUUUUUUGUCUUUGUGCCCUUGUAUUUGUCUCCUUGUUCAGUUGUGGCUUAGACAGUGUGUGCCACCCUGAAAUGCUCCUCUACAGACUGUAGCACUACUCUAACUGUACUUGUGGCAUGAGUGUCUGCAGCCUCUAGGGUUGUCUGAUACACACAAAUACACACUCAUGCAUCUUGAGGAAUUGACCUUUUUUUUCCCCCCUACCAUCCUUGUUCCACAACUGAUUUGCUUCACACAAAACAUCAAUGAGGGAUUAAAGAUAUAAGCUAAUUUAUUUUUGCAAAGCACAAAGCAGCCAUCCCUGAAUUGUUUUCUCCAAACAAAUGUUUGCACAUGUGUCUUUUUAAACGGGUAAAUUUGUUUGUAGAUGUGCGCCCUCCUCUGCCCUCUCAGCUGACGAGAAUAUCAAGCCGCUUCAGGUAGACUGGUCUAUCUGCAACAGUUUAUUGAAGGCCAUGUUUGGAUAGUGUCAACAGUUCUGUUAUGUCUUUUUUUAACAUGGAUCUAACGCAGCAGGAGGACUGCUUAUGUAUUUUGUCUCUCAACAGCUUUUGUAAAUGAACAAAUAAAUGUUAGCUAUUUUUUAAA